UCGAGGGCGGAGCUGUCAUAUUUGCUAGCUGGCCGCAACGGAUUAGCCGAUUAUGUAUCUGUUGAACACACCGCACAGUUAACCUAAGAGUGCAUUUCGUCACACACCAAUAUUCGAAGGUAUUGUAAAUCUGGACGGAGAGCCGCAGUGUGAGAUGAAAUGACAACGUCAACAUUGCAGAAAGCCAUUGAUCUUGUGACUAAAGCCACAGAAGAAGACAAGGCUAAGAAUUAUGAGGAGGCAUUGCGUCUUUACCAACACGCUGUGGAAUAUUUUCUUCAUGCCAUUAAAUAUGAGGCCCACAGUGACAAGGCGAAGGAAAGUAUUAGAGCAAAGUGUAUGCAGUAUUUGGACAGAGCAGAGAAACUUAAGGAUUACCUGAAGAAUAAAGAUAAACAUGGCAAAAAGCCUGUGAAAGAGUCGCAGAACAAUGACAAGAGUGACAGUGACAGUGAGGGGGAAAACCCGGAGAAGAAGAAGCUUCAGGAGCAACUUAUGGGUGCAAUAGUAAUGGAGAAACCCAAUGUGAGAUGGAAUGAUGUGGCUGGGCUGGAGGGAGCCAAAGAAGCUCUAAAAGAGGCAGUCAUCCUUCCCAUCAAAUUUCCUCACCUCUUUACAGGUAAGCGGACACCAUGGAGGGGCAUCCUGCUGUUCGGUCCACCAGGAACAGGAAAGUCAUACCUGGCCAAGGCUGUGGCCACUGAGGCCAACAAUUCCACCUUCUUCUCUGUCUCCUCCUCAGACCUCAUGUCUAAGUGGUUGGGAGAAAGUGAGAAACUUGUCAAGAACCUGUUUGAUCUGGCCCGCCAGCACAAGCCCUCCAUCAUCUUCAUCGAUGAGGUGGACUCCCUGUGUGGCUCCAGGAAUGAGAACGAGAGUGAAGCUGCCCGUCGCAUUAAGACAGAGUUCCUGGUCCAGAUGCAGGGUGUGGGAAACAACAACGAUGGCAUUUUGGUGUUGGGAGCCACCAACAUUCCCUGGGUGCUUGAUGCUGCCAUCCGCCGAAGAUUUGAAAAGCGUAUCUACAUCCCUCUGCCGGAGGAGCCAGCCCGGGCUCAGAUGUUUCGCCUACAUCUGGGCAACACGCCUCACAGCCUGAGCGAAGCUGACUUGCGGCAGCUUGCUCACAAAACAAACGGCUAUUCUGGUGCUGACAUCAGCAUCAUCGUACGAGAUGCACUAAUGCAGCCUGUCAGGAAGGUCCAGUCUGCAACACACUUUAAGAAGAUUCGCGGCCCGUCCCGCAGCAACAACCAGGUCAUGGUGGACGACCUAUUGACGCCUUGUUCCCCUGGUGACCCUGCUGCCCUAGAGAUGACCUGGAUGGAUGUGCCAAGUGAUAAGCUACUAGAGCCAAUAGUCUGCAUGUCAGACAUGCUGCGGUCCCUCUCCACCACUCGUCCAACAGUCAACAGUGAAGAUCUGCUCAAGGUCCAGAAGUUCACAGAGGACUUCGGGAUGGAGGGCUGAGUGAAAGACCCCCCCCCCCCCCCUCCCCUUCCCCCUCCCCCCAGUGUUUUUAAUCCUUUGAGAGUACUGACCAAAUGCUGCAACAGAAAACUUGGUGGGAUGCCCUAUUUUAAAUGAUGCGGCAUUUAAAAAGCUGCCGCUGCUAACAACGCACUGUGAGGUGACGAGGUAUCUAACAGAAGAAUUGUACAUUUUGUUGCUAUUUUGGUUCACUUUGCAUUGAAGGAGAAUGACAAAGAUUCAAAACGUGUUUUAUUUAAUGUCUGUCUUAGUGUACAUGUCAUGUUAUUUUUUAGUUAUUUGAUGAAGCGUGACAUAUAUCAACGCUUGCCUCUACUGUCUCUAUGUGCAUCAGGUGUUUUACUGUUACUGGUUGGUACAUUAAAUACUAAUUGAUACUAAAAAGCCUAUGCAGCAAAGUCUGCCUCUGAUGAUAAAAUGUACACAAGUGGACAAAAAUUGUUGGAACCCCUCUGUUAAUGAAAGAAAAACCCACAGUGGUCACAGAAAUUGAAUAUGACAAAGGUCAUAAAUAAAAUGUUAUGAAAAUUAACCAAUGCAAAUCAGAAGCCACUUUUUGAAUUGUGGUUCAACAGAAAUACUAAAAAAAAAAAAGUGAAACAUCCGUUUUCUUCCGCUUUUCUGAGGUCGGGUUGCGGGGGCAGUAGCUUUAGCAGGGAAGCCCAGACUUCCCUCUCCCCAACUACUUAGUCCAGCUUUUCCGGGGGGACCCCGAGGUGUUCCCAGGCCAGCUGGAAAACAUAGUCUGUCCAGCAUGUCCUGUGUCGUCUCCUCCCGGUGGGACAUGCCCAGAACACCUCACCAAGGAGGCGUCCAGGAGGCAUCCUAAUCACAUGCCAGAGCCACCUCAUGGCUCCUCUCAAUGCAAAGGAGCAGCGGCUCGAUUCUGAGCCUCUCCCAGAUGACCGAGAUAGGAGAGCUGGAAACUCAUUUCGGCUGCUUGUAUCCGGGACCUUGUUCUUUUCGUCAUGACCCACAACUCGUGACCAUAGGUGAGGGUAGGAAUUUAGAUCGACCAGUAAAUUGAGAGCUUUGCCUUUCGGCUUAGCUCCUUCUCCACCACAACAGACCGAUACAAAGUCUGCAUCACUGCAGACGCUGCACCAAUCCAUCUGUCGAUCUCCCGUUCCAUUCUUCCCUAACUCGUGAAUAAGACUCCAAGAUACUUGAACUCCACUUGAGGCACGAUCUCAUUCCCGACCUUUUCCGACUGAGGACUACGGUCUCUUAUCAUCCCAACUGCUUCACACUCUCCUACGAACCACUCCAGUGAGAGUAGGAGAUCCAGGCUUGAUGAAGCCAACAGAAUCACAGAAAGCAGCGAUGCAAUGCCUGUGGUCACCAAACCGGACCCUACACCUCGGCUGCACCUAGAAAUUCUGUCCAUAAAUGUUAUGAUCAGAAUCGGUGACAAAGGGCAGCCUUGGUGGAGCUCAACCCUCACCGGAAACGAAUCCGACCUACUGCCGGUAAUGCGGACCAAACUCUGACACUGGUCGUAUAGGGGCCCAACAGCCCGUAUCAGGGGGUUCUGUACCCCAUAAUCCCGAAGUACCCCUGACAGGACUCCCCGAGGGACAUGGUCGAAUGCCUUCACCAAGUCCACAAAACACGUAGACUGGUUGGGCGAACUCCCAUGUACCCUUGAGGACCCUGCCAAGGGCAGUAGAGCUGGUCCACUGUUCCACGGCCAGGACGAAAACCACAUUCCUCCUGAAUCUGACAUUCAACUUCCCAAUGGACCCUCCUCUCCAGCACCCCUGAUUAGACCUUACCAGGGAGGCUGAGGAGUGUGAUCCCACUGUAGUUGGAACACACAUAGGGGGACCACCACCCCAGUCUGCUAAUCCAUAGGCACUGUCACCGAUGUCCAUGCGAUGUUGCAGAGGCUUGUCAACAAGGCCCGACAACAUCCAGAGCCUUUAGGAAGCUUUUUUACCACCUCAGUGACCUCAACCCCGGAGAUAGGAAAGCCCGCCUCAGAGAUCCCAGACUCUGCUUCCUCAUGGGAAGGGAUGUCAGUAGAAUUGAGGAGGGCUUCGAAGUAUUCUCCCCACUGACUCAUAAAGACCCAAGUCCCAUCCCCGUGUCCUGGUGCCAAGGGCACAUAUGGACACCCUUAUGCUUGAAUGUGGUGUUCGUUAUGGAUAAUCUGUGAUGAGCACAGAAGUACAAUAGCAGAACACCGCUCGGGUUCUGAAUCACACCCUUCCAGGUCUCACUGUUAUUGCCCACGUGAGCAUUAAAGUCCCCCAGUAAAAUGAUGGACCCCCUCCAAGGACGCUAAAAAGGGUGGAUACUCUGAACUGGUGUUUGGUGUACAGGCACAAGCAACAGUCCGGGCGCGUCCUUCCACCCGAAGGCAAAGGGAGGCUACCCUCUCGUCCACCAGGGUGAACCCCAAUGUACAGGCGAAAAACCGGGGGGGCAAUAAGUAUACCCACUCCUGCUCUGCACCAUGGGCAACUCCAGAGUGGAAGAGUCCAACCCAUCUCAAGAGGACUGGUACCAGAGUCCAAGCUGUGUGUGGAGGUGAACCCUCCUAUGUCUAGUUGGAACUUUUCGACCUCACACACCAGCUCAGGCUCCUUCCCUGACGUUCCACGUCCCUAGAGCCAGCUUCUGUAGCCGGGGGUCAGAUCACCAAGGACCGUUUUUUCGUUUUUAAAAAUAAUUCUGUUGAACCACAAUUCAAAAGGAAUUUGUUUUUCAUUGGUUUGUUUUCAUUAAAUAUCAGGUUCAAGUUAUUUCUGUGACCACUGUGGGUUUUUCUUUCAUUAACAGAGGGGUACCAACAAUUUUGCCCACGUGUAAAAGCUGCAUUCAAAAACAUUACAUUGCACAUUUCAUGUCAUAUGCUAUUCAAUCAGCUUUGCUAAAAGGAUGUAAAUUAUACUUCUUCUUCUCAUGGUCAACAGACAAUGUCCAUUUGUUGAUGAUUUAGCACUGACGUUUAUGUCAAAGGAGAUGGCGCAAGCACAUACAGUAUUUGUAGCAGUUCCUGCUGAUGAUUUGGAUGCAUACACUUCCUACAGCAUAACAGUAUUUAAGCUCACUCAAUUAUUACUGCAGAAUAGUUAUUUAGUUGAUGAGUCAUGGUGGAUGCCCAAGUCCCUCCUCUCUUGGGGAAGGCUUAGAAUCACAUAAGCGCUGGACUAUUUUUUAACUAUUUCAACUUUAUGUAUCCCUUUGUUAGCUAUCAUAAAUUGACUGAAGAUUGAGCCCUCAUGGUAACACGAAUUUGGAUAUCCCUAACAAGCUGUAAGUGAUGGACUAUGUAUGCUCUGAGAAUAUCAGUGAAGUGUGAUCAUUAAUUGUCCCCGUAGGGCCCUAUUAGGCAAAUGGUUGUGAACAUUACUAUUAAUUUAAGUUGCAUCAAUAAAAACUAACAUUUCAGUUGUUUGGACACUUUUUAACAUGUAUCAUCAAGAAUAAAGUCAUGAGU